CACGUCAUAAUACAGGCGGCGCGUGUUUUGUGUGCUUUCCGCUGCAUUACUGCUCCGCGUGCAGUGAUGCAUUUCGGCGGCUUGCAAUAGCAGUGAUAAGCGAACCGCAAUGAUGACCAUGAUGAUGAUGCAACGUCUGCUCCAAAACAACAACAACUCCAACAACAACAAUAAUAACAACAACUCCAAUAACAACAACAACAACGGUUACGCAGACGAGAUGAGACUCAACGGCAUACGCCACCAUUCGGCAAGUCCGUUUUCGAAACCAGCCGCCGUACAGGCCGCAGCGUCCGACAGCUGCGGCGGUGAACCGGACGUGCUGACGUUGCAGCCGUCGACCGGCCGCAACGAACCACAACUACAGCCCGUCACGCCGCAGUUCGGUUGCACCGGUACCGCAGCCGCCGCCGUACAGGCCGGGCCGACGUGCACCACCGUGGUGACCGUGGCCGCGGCGGACGACCGGUUGACGUCCGACGAGGACGACGAGCUGAACGUGGACGAGCUGAACGUGGACGAGUUAAACGUGGACGAUGAAGACCCGGUGGACCUGACCAACAACCGGUUGCACGGCGGCCGAGUCAGCGCCGGCCAUCACGGGCUGCUGCACUGCAGCGACGCCGCCGCCAGUCUGCAGCAGGCCGGAAACGCGCCCGCCGUCCCGAUGGACACAGCGGCCGCGGCCAACGAUUACGAGACGAGCAGCGGUGGCGGCGGUGGCGGUGGUGGCGGUGGCAACAGCAAAGGCCGGCUCGCGUUUUCCGUCGAGAACAUACUAGACCCGAACAAGUUCACCAGGAAACUGAUGGCGCCCGCCGCCGUUCUGCCCAGGUGGAGGCCGCGAGUCGACUUCGUCGCCGACCCUUCCGGCACUGGCGAGGAGUGUUCGCGCAACUACAUAAUGGACGAGGACGACGAGGACAUCAGCGUGAGCGGCGACGGGUGCGGCAGCGACAUGAGCGACGACCGGGACAAGGUGAGCGGCGACGGGAGUUCGUCGACGGGCGUCGGCGGCGGCGGCGGCGGUGGCGUCGGCGGAGGCGCGAAAAAGUCCAAGUCUUCGUCCGACCACUGCGGCGGAGGAGGAGGAGGAGGAGGAGGCGGCGGCGGCGGCGGCAGCUCGAAAAACGGAGGCAGCGGCAAGCCCCGGCGCGCCCGGACGGCGUUCACGUACGAACAGCUGGUGGCGCUCGAGAACAAGUUCAAGACGACGCGGUACCUGUCGGUGUGCGAGCGGCUCAACCUGGCGCUGUCGCUGUCGCUCACCGAGACCCAGGUGAAGAUAUGGUUCCAGAACAGGCGGACCAAGUGGAAGAAGCAGAACCCCGGGCUGGACGUGAACAGCCCGACGGUGCCGCCGCCCGGCCCCGCCGGAUCGUCGGCCACCGGCGGCCCGCCGUUCUUCCACCCGCUCGCCUACUCGGCCGCGCACCACUACCAGACGCAGAGCUACUCGGCCGCCGCGGCCGCCGCGUACUUCCAUCACCUGGGCGCGCACCACUCGACGAUCGGCGGCCACCACCCGCCGUCGUAAUGACCCGUACCCGUUCCUGUUCCUAUAUAUAUAUACUAUGUGUGUGUAAUAUUACGAAUCGCAAUACGAAAAGCGACCGCCGUCAUCGUCCACGGCCAGCCAGCGCGCGACGACCGCGGCGAGACGGCGUCGGACAGAUCUCAAAGUAAUAAUAAUAAUAAUAAUAAUGAUAAUAAUGAUGAUGACGAUGAUUAUUAUUAUUAUUAUUAUUAUGUACUAUAAUAUUAUCGUGACGGUGUCGAGAGGGUGGCCGCCUGUUGGACCGAAUAGCGUACCGCGCGCGGGUUCGACGUGUGAGGUGCGAGUUUCCGAAACGUUUAGUCCGUUUUUCCGAUUUUAACGAUAAAACAGCAGCUGUUUUCGCGCCUCUCGUCAAAAUGGUUUGCGGUUUUGAAAUAUGUUUUUUACACGACGAGAUGUCAUUGCGUAACGAUAUUUUUGAAAAAAAUGUACUUCAUAUUUCUAUCGUCAUAAAUGUUCAUAAACGACGGCGAAGGUAUUAUUUCGAAUCGAACAUCAUAACAAAUAUUAAUCGGUACACAUACAAAUUUAAUAUUUUUUUUUCCGUUUAACAACUGCACGUGUAGUAUAUUUUUGUUUUCGGAACUUUCCCUUCGUCGACUCGUCCGGCUUAACGGACUCAAUCGCUGUGAUCCCAAAAAGCGAAUCCAAUGGGCGGCUGUACCAUUACCGUACUCUAAUACACAAGACGACGUCGUGUGCGCGGCGGUCUGGUCGUCCGGAACGCACACUCAAGUUACCUACGCGUGACGAAACCGUUUACCGCGGUCGAAAUCCAGACUGCGGCCGCCGCGAGUAUUCGUGAUGGUACCCGUUCAAUGUUUAUACGAUACGCCGGUGAAGACCGUGAACACCCGCUGCACUCGCCGCACGUCACAUAAUUAUUAAUGUGUUAUCAUACGAGAUGACGUACUCGCGUAUGAUGACGAUGGUGUUAUGUCGUCGUCACGUCAUGAUGACAUUACGAUAUAGCUAAUGUUUCCCGUACACCCCUUCUGCGCCCGUCCCCGCAAAUCUAUAAGAUAAUAUUACGUAUAUUAGGUAUACUUGUGUAAGCUAUUACGAUUUCACGUCUCUUAUUCUUGUUAUCAUAACAUAAUAUUAAUAUAAUAUGCAUCUAUGACAACACGGUAAUGGUCAUUCGCGAACCGUGUCCGCGACGGUCGAACGAUCGACACGUAUCGCUGUGCAUCCGCGUAAUUUAAAAACGUUGUUAUCGUAUGCCAACGAUAUAUGUCAUGUACCUGUUUAUGCCAUGUAAGUAGUAAUAAAAUCCGGCCGGGCCUUAUGCGAAAUGUAUCGGUUGGUUUACGAGCCGACUCUUAAGGUUACCUAUAUAAAUACAGGGUGUUUCAACUGUAUGUGGAUCCGUAAAAGUUUCGAGUAUGAUAUUAUUAUUGUCACGUCAGCGAGUGAAUUCGAAAUCUUUUUUGGGCGCAAUGUUGCAAAUGUUGGAUUUUUCAGGGUGCUUACAGUGCGUAUAUCUAUUGUUAAUUCGAUUUUCAAAUCAUUACAAUAAUAAAUACAUCACGAGACUCGUUGGCAAUUUGUCAUUCGAUACACUCGGUAGUCAGUACCUACCCUUUAGAAUCCCACAUUAUUCACAAGACACGAAGAAGGUUUUCGAUUUCGCUCAACUGACAUGAAAUCAUUCUUGAAGUUUUUACGGAAUAACCUGAAUCACUCUGCAGUAUACAUGUCAAUGCAUCUUGUGUAAACUCGUGAAAUAUAUGUAUAUUUUAUAUUAUUGUUGUUUUGUUAAUUUGUUUUUAUGUUUAUUGUUUAUAUUAUUAUUAUUAUUAUUAUUAUUAUUAUUAUUACAUACUCUUUGGCCAAUUCAGGCAGAAGUAUUAUCAAAACAGUUUUUUUGUUUGAUUUUACUACAUAUCCGAUCUGCAAAUGCCCAUCAAUUACAUUUUGCAAUAUUAUAUCAAUUUAAUACAAAAUAUUACUAUUUUUAUACUCAUUAUUAUUGUUAGAUAAUAUUAUAUUGUUCAUUAAUCGUGUUCUUUUUUUAUUAUUAUUAUUAUCAUUAUGAUUUUUGGCUUUUAACCAAUGACACAAUAUCAAACAUUUAAUGCAGUUAAACUAUAAUAUAUUAUAUUAUUGUACUCACGUUAUAUUGUAUCGUCAAAAUAUCGACUUAGCUACGAUUUGUGAAACUUUAAACAUUAUCACGUCGAACCGGUAUCCUUUAUUGUUUCUCAUACGUACCACAAAUAUAUUAUUAUAAUAUUUUAAUAUAGGCGUGUACAGUGUACACAUACAUAUUAUAUUGUACUAUAGAUUAUCAUCGUAGGAUUAGGUCGGUUUUUAUUGUUUGUUCGGUACACGUAAGUAUUGCUAUAUGUGUAAAUAAACUAUGAUAAUAUAUAAUAUUAUUAUAUUAUGUUCGUUGUAAAUUACUACCACAUGUACAGUAAUAAAUUAUGAAAAAUAAACGGACUACCUAUUA